AGGUUUCUAUAAGGUGUCAGGAUGUCUUCAUCUAUUUCUCCAUGGAGGAGUGGGAGUAUUUAGAAGGACACAAAGGUCUGUACAAGGAUGUUAUGAUGCAGGAUCACUGGCCUCUCGCAUCACCAGUUAAGGAAGAGAGAAGAACACCGGAGAGAUGUCCCAGUCCUCUUCUCCCACAGGAUGGUUCAGAAGAACAUCACAAUGUCCCACGGGAUGAUGAUCAGCUUGUGAAUCCGGGUGAAGAUCUAAACAUUAUAUAUGUUACAGAGACAUAUGUGAGGGGUAAUGAGCAGAUUAGAGAGGAUAUUCCUACAGAUAUCCGCCCAGAUGACUGUACCAGGAGCUCAGAGGGACAUGUGAUAACUUCCAAUCUUAAAACAGAUGAUCAUGCUAUGGCUCACAAUACAUAUGAAGAACAUGUAAUUAUCCCAGAUGUAUCCUCAGCCCUUCACGGCAAAGAUCUAUCAUUUGAUCUUUUUAAACAGGCUCAAUCUUCUGAUUUAUCACAGACUGUAACACAAAAUAAAAGUCAUAGUGAUGAACAUGAAGGAGCUUGCACCGAGGAGAAACCAUUUUCUUGCUUGCAAUGUGGGAAAUGUUUUAAAAGUAAAUUAAUUCUUGCUAAACAUCAGAGAAUUCAUACAGGGGAGAAGCCAUUUACAUGUCCAGAAUGUGGGAAAUCUUUUACAGAAAAAUUUAAACUUGUUACACAUCAGAGAAUUCACACAGGGGAAAAACCAUUUUCAUGUUCAGAAUGUGGGAAAUGUUUUACAGAAAAAUUUAAACUUGUUACACAUCAGAGAAUUCACACAGGCGAAAAACCAUUUUCAUGUUCAGAAUGUGGGAAAUGUUGUACCCAGAAAUCAGAUCUUGUUAGACAUCAAAGAAUCCACACGCUGGAGAAAUCAUUUUCAUGUUUAGAAUGUGGGAAAUGCUUUAAGCAUAAAUCAAAUCUUGUUACACAUCAAAGAAUUCACACAGGGGAGAAGUUAUUUUCAUGUUCAGAAUGUGGGAAAUGUUUCACAGAUAAACCUAAACUUGUUAUACAUCAGAGAAUUCACACAGGGGAGAAGCUGUAUUCAUGCUCAGAAUGCGAUAAAUAUUUUAUCCGGAAAUCAGAACUUAUUAGACAUCAUAUAACUCACACAGGGGAGAAGCCUUAUUUAUGUUCAGAAUGUGGGAAAUGUUAUACAUAUAAAUCACAUCUUGUUAUACAUCAGAGAAGUCACACAGGGGAGAAGAAAUUUUUAUGCUCAGAAUGUGGGAAAUAUUUUAAUAAUAAAUCAAAUCUUAAUAGACAUAAAAAAAGUCACACAGGAGAGAAGUCAUAUUCAUGCUCAGAAUGUGGGAAAUGUUUCGUCCAAAAAUCAAAGCUUGUUUACCAUGAAAGAACUCACACAGGAGAGAAGCCGUUCUUAUGUUCGGAAUGUGGGAAAUGUUUUACAGGUAAAUCAAAUCUUGUAAUACAUCAAAGAACUCACACAGGGGAGAAACCAUAUUCAUGCUCAGAUUGUGGUAAAUGUUUUAUAAAUCGAUCAAAUCUUUCUCAGCAUCAAAAAAUUCAUACAAAAAAGAAGCCAUAUUCGUGCUCAGAAUGUGGGAAAUGUUUUACUAAUAAAAAAGUUCUCGUUAAACAUCAAAGAAUUCACACAGGGGAACAAAAAUGGUAAAGUAUGUAAUGUAAAGAAUGUUUCAUCCAAAAGUAAGCUAUAAUUGUUUAUAAAGAAAGAAGAAAUAUAAAUGUUUUCAGAAUGUUAGAAUUUACAGAAGUGGCAGUCACAGUAAAGUAUCAUGUUAUUCUAGAGAAUGUGAAUGUGUGCAUCGAAUAUGUCAUAGCUGUAUUUAAAAACUUA